AAGAAAAGUCGGGGGAACGGUUUUCUUAUAGCUUCUAGAACGCUAAACAGAGGCCUUUUCUUGUUGAAUCUGGCGUUCUGAAAGUCCAGGCUCCGCUGUGGCCGGAGGAGUUGGAAGGGGCGGGGUGGUUCGGGGCGGUAAUUUAAUUACGCGCCCGGGAAUUGGCGGCGAACGGCAGUAACUUUAGCGUUUGAAUGCAUGCUUACAAGAGAGAAAAAGUGUCUUUAGAGGGGUUGGUGGAGUGUGAGGUGAAUGUGCCGUUUUGAAACCAAAGGCCAGAAAGCGCUGCGUCUCGCCCAAGGAGCCUAGCCCGCGGGCCCGGCGGCCGCCUCUGGACUGUCCGGAGACAACAUGGCGGCCCCCGGAGCCCGGAGCUGCAGCCUGUCGGGCCUGCUCCCCGCUCAGACUUCGCUAGAGUACGCCCUGCUCGAUGCCGUCACCCAGGAGGAAAAGGACAGCCUGGUGUAUCAGUACUUGCAGAAGGUGGACGGCUGGGAGCAGGACUUGUCAGUGCCCGAGUUUCCGGAAGAUUUGAAAACCGGCGCCAAGAGUGGAACACGAGGGGCAGAUAGUCCCAGCGCUGCUGUUUGUGAAGCACGUCUUGCUAUGAUUUCAGGAUUAGAAUGGCUGAACACAGAAGGGCCUAUUUCUGUUUACAAGGAUCUAUGUGGAAAAGUGGUUGUCCUUGAUUUCUUCACCUACUGCUGCAUAAACUGUAUUCACCUACUGCCUGAUCUGCAUGCCCUAGAACACACCUACUCUGAUAAAGAUGGUCUUCUGAUUGUUGGUGUUCACUCAGCUAAGUUUCCAAAUGAAAAAGUCCUGGACAACAUCAGGAGUGCUGUUCUUCGGUAUGACAUCACCCACCCCGUGGUCAAUGACGCGGAUGCCAGCCUGUGGCAAGAAUUGGAGGUGUCCUGCUGGCCCACUCUGGUCAUACUUGGACCCCGUGGAAACAUGUUGUUUUCUCUGAUUGGGGAGGGACACAAAGAUAAAUUAUUUCUGUAUACUUCAAUAGCUUUAAAGUACUACAAAGACAGGGGACAGAUCACAGAUAAUAAAGUUGGAAUAAAGCUCUAUAAAGAUACUUUGCCACCUUCACCACUGCUGUUUCCUGGCAAAGUAACAGUAGACCACGUCUCGAAGAGGUUGGUGAUAGCAGACACUGGACAUCACAGAAUUUUGGUCGUCUGGAAGAAUGGACAAAUUCAGUACAGCAUUGGAGGACCCAAUCCUGGAAGAAAAGAUGGAAUAUUUUCAGAGUCAACUUUUAAUUCACCACAGGGCGUAGCCAUAAUGAACAAUAUCAUAUAUGUGGCAGAUACGGAAAACCACCUUAUAAGAAAGAUUGACCUGGAAUCGGAGAUGGUGAGCACCGUAGCUGGCAUUGGGAUUCAAGGUACAGAUAAAGAAGGUGGAGCUGGAGGACAGGAGCAACCCAUUAGUUCCCCGUGGGAUAUAGUUUGGGGAUCAUCAGAUUCAGAGAUCCAAAGAGACGACAUUCUGUGGAUAGCCAUGGCAGGAACUCACCAGAUAUGGGCACUUCUGUUGGACUGUGGCCGACUGCCAAAGAAAAGUGAGUUAAAAAAAGGAACCUGCCUCCGGUUUGCUGGCAGUGGAAACGAGGAGAACCGAAAUAACGCGUAUCCUCACAAGGCGGGCUUCGCCCAGCCGUCGGGCCUCGCCCUGGCCUCGGAGCAGCCCUGGAGCUGCCUGUUCGUGGCCGACAGUGAGAGCAGCACAGUGAGGAUGGUCUCUCUGAUGGACGGAGCUGUGAAGCCCCUCGUAGGAGGAGAAAGGGAUCCCAUGAACCUGUUUGCUUUUGGUGAUGUGGAUGGAGUAGGAAUCAGCGCAAAGCUUCAGCACCCACUUGGAGUAACAUGGGACAAGAAAAGGAAUUUGCUUUAUGUGGCAGACUCUUAUAAUCACAAGAUUAAAGUUGUGGAUCCAAAAACAAAGAACUGUAUAACAUUAGCAGGAACUGGAGAUGCAAGUAACGUCAGUUCCAGUUUUACCGAGUCAUCUUUUAAUGAACCAGGAGGCUUGUGUAUUGGAGAGAAUGGCCAGUUAUUAUAUGUAGCAGACACAAAUAAUCAUCAAAUUAAAGUGAUGGAUUUAGAAACAAAAACAAUUUCUGUGCUCCCAGUCUUCAGAGCUGGAAAUGCUGUGGUAGAUGGCCCAUCCCCAGGAGAAAACCAGAAGACGGUCCCCAAACUGCCCAAGUCGGCCCCCAGCAUCAGACUCGCCCCCGUGGCCACCUCUCCAGGACAGACUCUUCAGUUCAAGCUCAGACUAGACUUCCCGCCAGGAGCAAAGCUGACCGAAGGGGCGCCCAGUUGCUGGUUUCUAACAGCCGAAGACAACGAAUGGCUUCUUCAAGGACAGGUGCCAUCUGGAGAAAUCGAGAGUGUCUCCAACCAGCCAACCAUCUCACUGCAGAUUCCUGGGGACUGCCCGUCACCUGAAGCCGUCGUAUCUGUCCGCGUGUUUCUUUACUACUGCAGCGCGGACGGCAGCGCCUGUAUGAUGAAGGGAGUUUUGUUCAGUCAGCCCCUACAGAUAACCGGUGCGCAGCCAGGCCUCGUGGCUCCGGUAGAGCUCAAGUACGUGUUUUAGCGAGCUAGCUAGCAGCCGGCCUGCACCGCCACCUGUCCUCCGCGCCCCCGUCACUGUAACUCACGGCGAGAAACUUGACUUCUUCUCUGGAUACUGAGAAACCCACUGCUCAGUUCAUGCAACUGACAUUAAAGUACAGCUAUGCUCCUUAUUUAAUUAUUUAUUAUAAACAAAUUCCUUCCUUCUGGCUGGGCACCAGCUAAGUCGCUGACCAUCAUCUGAACUACGAUGUUGCAAUCUAUGCUGCUAUUGCCGCGUGAUUUACAUCCACACUGACAGUAGGGAAUAUUACCCUGAGAUAAUUUUCAGUGGUUACUGAUAACAACAACAAAUAUUUUAACUAACUUUUUCUACCUUUAACAGUGAGCAGCACAUUUGAAUGUGUAGAUUUCACAAUAACUUUAAAGAGAACCCAAGAUUCGGUUUCCAUGUUGGUUAUGAGGACACCUGACAUUCCAGGCGUGAGGUCUUUUCCAAGCGCCCCUGCUUCCCCCAGAAGUCUUUGUCACAGUAGCAGCUCUAAGAGGACCUGGGUGGUAAAUGUGUUCUCUGUUCCCCUCUGCAGUUUUCUCAGUUGAGAUACACUGAAGAGAGAAUUUGUAUCUAUUUUGUUACUUGCUAUUCUAAAUUACCAUCAUUAAUGCCUUAUAACUCUACACAGAAAAGUUUCUAAGGACAUAUAGACUCACUCCUUAACUGUUUUUGGAACAAACAGCCUUACCAGGUAAUGAAGGAGUCCUCGUAAAUAGGACUCCCAAGGACCAAGGAGCUUAGGGACACGUUCCUGUGAUAAACUGUGAUGAUAACUGUGGCAGCUGAAUCUGAUGUCAGGGGGUAUGUAUGUUUCAGAAAUUUACAUUUCACUUGUAAGCAUUAAAUGCAGUUUGUUGGAUUUUGGUAUUUUUGAUUCCCAUAAUCAGAAUUUAAGUUAUGACCAUUUAUUGUAAUGUGUUUUUUUAAACACUUUUAUACCUUUCAAUUGAAAAUUUCAAUGUGUUGCACUUUCAUGCUAUUGCUAUGUAUAGUGUAUCCUAAUAUGUUAUUCUUUAAAAUAUUAAGGCUGAAAUAUACAGGGAUUUGAUAACAUUGGGGUUUUUUUAGCCCCAAAUAUAUUGAAAGUUUUUCAUAAUUUCCCUAUAUAACUAUUUAAAACUAGGCUAUUUGAAAAGCCUAGUCUUGUUUUUACUAAAACUGAUUCAACAUGUUUGUGAUUUAAUCAGCUUACGAGGUUUAAAAAAAAAUCAGGUGAACCAUAUUCAAUAAAUAUAGAUAAUAUGGCAUGUGCCUUCCCCCCUUCAAAAACGAAGUUUGAAGUAUAAUCUUUUAAGCGGUGUCAUCUGCCUAUUUUCUUCCAUGUUUUGAAGUACAGUUUUGUACAUACUGUCUCUCAUUCAGGUUAGCUAAAUCUCUGAAGCACGGAAAUGCGCAGGUCCCGUCCUUUGACUAAAUUGUAACCUGCUAAAGCUAUUGAAAGAGGUGUAAAUGUAGAGAAUUCUGUUUGAAAUUAUAUGUAAUUACCUCAUAAGCCUUUUCUCUCCCAAAAAAGUUUUGUAGGAAAAAUACUUGUAAUGUUAGUAUUCUCUUUUAUGGAGAAUAGGACACAGUCACUUUUCUAAUAUCAUUUUAUUAUACUUCUCAUUUCCAGUUGGUCAGGAUGAGAAUGUUUUGGCUUUAUCUUUUCCUAUUUAAGGACAUAAACAGUUUCACUCUCUAAAGGAGUUUAUAAAAUUUAAACUUGCUAAUUCAGAUAUAUCUGAUAAUUAAUUUUUCAAUAUUGUACAUAUAGACACGUGAGCAUUUUUAAAAAUCCAAAAAUAUUUCUUAGAAUCUAUUAAUGUUUCCUUUAUCUGGACCAGGGGUGUCAAACUCAUUUUCACCGGGGGCUACCAUCGGCCUCACGGUUGCCUUCAAAGGGCUGAAUACAACUUUAGGACUGUAUAAAUGUAACUCCUCCUUAACAGUUAAGCGAGAGCUCGGCACUGCUGCCGGGUGGAAACAAGGUGGAGGCCGCGUUCGGCCCGAGGGCCUUGUGCUUGCCACCUGUGUUCUAGACGGUGUUUCACAUUACGAACCGUUCUUACUCUUACCCAUCCACCAGUCUGCAUUGUUUUUAUAGUCAAAGUAUUAUUUAUGUAAUUAGUAUAACUUUGUAAAUUAUACUAAAGCAAUAUAAAUAGCUUCCUGGAACUCAUGACUAACAUCUGUUACAUAAGAGGAAGUACAAGGAAGAUUACUUUUAAAAAUUUCUUGAUCCUGUCUGCCUUCUGUUUUCCAUAGGAACGUCUGUAUUUUUAACUUUCGCUAUUUUUUGUGCAUAAAUGAUGUUACCCAAUAAUAGUGCAAGUCAUCUAAUCAAAGUGUCAGGAGUGUGGCAUUACAAACACUUUAUGUAGUACUUAGAAUCCUUGCCCUAAAUUAUUUUACUGGUUUGUCACUAUUUUUUCUACCAGUCUCUGUGAUACCAUUUCACAUUUUUUCUUUCUGCAUUUAUGCUCUGGAUUGAGAUGAUCCCUGAAAAAAUUUUUCCUUAUCUCAAAUAUACUGUCUCAAGCAAAUACUUAACAACUGUGCACAAGGGAAUACUUUACAAUUUAAUCACCCAUAAGUGUAAUUUUGGCAAAGUUCAGUGACUAAAAAAAAACAAUUUUCUCCUUAAUGGUUCUAAUAUAUUUGUUAUCAGGCCUGUAGAAAGCUAUACAUCUUACAGCUAAAAGGGGGAUUUAAUAUGUAUGGGUGAGUGUGUGUAUGUGUAUGUACAUACACAGAACAAAGAUCAACUCAGGAAUUUCUCACCCAAGUUUCUCUUAUGGCCAAUAAGUUUUUUUGCGCUAACACCACUGAAAUAGUUACUCUCUGCUUGUUUCUCUAUAGUUAAAAAAUUUGGGAAGAUGUUGAUAAUACUGUCUCUAAUAUUUUUCUGCUUGUACAGAAUUUGCUAUUGGUUUAUAUCUACUGUUUACAGCAAGGACAGUCUGGCCAUUGUAGUUGGUGUCAUUUUUAAGGGCAGACAUCAGAAACCAGCUCAGCUCCAUAGUUCGCAGCUGCAUUAAAAUCUAGAAGGGUUGUGUCAGCUGUGCUUCUCCUGAACGGUGGAACGAUGAAUAUUUUUAUUUUAAUUCUACUUUUUUUUUUUCAGUGAGCAAUGUGUUAUUUUUGAAAAACCAACAGGAAAUUUUUUUAACAAGUUUAAAUGAACUGAAUAGUAAGCACUUAUUAUAUAAUAGCUUUUCUAAAGUCACUUUUAUUACCAAAGAUCAAAACAUAGUUUAGAGCUCUUAGAUCUACCAGUUUUAAGGGUGUGCUUUGGUGAAGACAGAAAUGUUUAUAGCUGCUACUGCUUCUGGUGUUUUUAUUGUGUAUGUAAUGGAAUGUAGCGGUUAAGGGUGGGACUUUGCCAUCAUUUGGAUUCUAACCGUAUAAAAUGGGGCUACUGCCCCUACCUCAUGGGGCUGCUGUAAGGAUGCAAUGAAAUAGUGUUUGCGAAGCAUUUAGCAAUUAACGAAAAUGCUAAUUAUUGGCAUAGUUGAUAAUAACUUAUGACCAUAACCACAUGCCUCGACAUCUCUGCAACCACAGUUUCUAAAGGAAACUUUCUCUCAGCUAUCUGAUACGUUAAUAUUCUUCACAGAGUUGGGAUUCGAGAGAAGAAAUACAGUUUUAUAAAGCAUAUAAUAAAGCAUAUUACUAUUUUAUGAGUGACAUAUAGUUAUAAAGAAGUGUACUCGCAGUUUUAGUUUUAAACAAUUUUGCAGACCUUCUUGGAGUAAUAAACUUCCUUUGAGAGGAUCUAGACUACUCACCCCAAACCGCAUUCUUGUAACAUACUCUGAUGGUGCUUUACGAAAGCUUCAAAGUACUUUUAUGCAUUUUGCCUCAUUUGAGCUUCGGCAUAACUCGAUGAAUUAGACAAGUAGAUGCUACGUCCAUUUUGCAGAACAGGAAACAGCUUCGGCAUGUCGCUGACUUGCCAGGAUCGGAGCUCCCAGGGUAAUCACGCCUGAUGCUGGGGCAGCGUCUGGCACGGGCGGUUGUUCGGUCAGUGCUGCUGAAUGACUGGAGGGCAGUGAGCGAUGGAUCAUGUCUCUGAACAUAGGUCUCCUAUGGCCUUGUCCUUCUCCUAGAAGUAGAGUGGAAACAAACAAACCAAGAGGACUUACUUCCUUUUGUGAAUGCUUUCUUAAGCCUUUCCAGUAUUUAAAUAAAGCAAUAAGGAUAAUAGCUAAGUUCACUGGAUACUUCCUACGUGCUUUAUAGGUAUUCACUCCUUUAACUUUCACAACCACCCUAGGAGGGAGGCACUGUUUUUCCUUAUUUCUCUGAUGAGGAAACAGCAGUGAGUUGGAAGCAGUUACAGAAGCAUCUAGAUCCCACAUUGGGGAAGAGGCUGAGCCUGCUGGGUCUGCUCAUCCGCCCUGCUGUUCUGCCUCUCAAAGCAGUUUCCUAAAGACUAGCCCUUCUGUAGUUACGUAUACUAAGUAAACAGUCUGAAGAACUCAGAAAGUCCUAGUGAUAACUGAUUUGGAAAUUUAAAUCCAUUUAAUUAUAUUAGCUUUUUGGACUUUUCAUUCUAUACUCUUAUCUGUCAGGGUUUGGAACAGUCUGUAUAAUUGUUGUUUCCCAGAAGAUUUUCUGUACCAUUCUUUUCUUAAAUUCAGAUGUUACCCAAAAUUUUUCUUGGCAGAUGGAUGUAUUAAUGAAUUAAAUAGCUUUUUAGUAUUAGUUCCAAACAAUGCUGUUUUAAUUGGUCUUCAACAGGCAGUCAUAGAUAGACCUUAUCAUAAAGUUUAACUGUGUUCUCAGCACUGAACCGACUCAAACCCCCAGAACUCCUCUCUAUGUAAGAAAAUUUGUUUUAAUAAGGCAAGGGAGCUCUAGAAACAUAGUAUUUGGCCAGUCCAGCAGUGACGCAAAUGCAGGGUCCGACAGAAGUAGCGCCUGUGUGAGUGUGGUCAGGAGGGUAAUGACAUGGGUGUCCUAAUUCAGUUUUAAUUUGAACAUUUUUACCUAAAACGUCCUGUGGUGUGCUUGAGUGUGAUAUUAUGUUACAGAAUUCCAUGCUUCAGAUUGCGUAAUAAAAGAUUCUGUAAUAAAAAGGGGCAUUAUUUGUGCCAGACCCUGCAUAUGCAAUGCUAUUAUAGUAAAAUUUCCCCAGGUCAACCUGUUAUUCCAGCUUCAGCUACUCUUAGAAGGAGGGAAGCCAGACACUGUAUGCCCCUGGAUUGUGAAUACCUUUUCGUUGUUAGUUUUGUAAUUUAAAUUAAAUAAUAUUAAAAUUUGUUAAUUUUGUUUUAAAAUCUCAUUUCUGAAAUGCGUAAGGAGUUGCACAUCAACUGAAAGGGUAAUGAUAAUGUAUUUAGAAGUAAAACUCACAUAACAUCAAUUAUUUAAAUAAAGAAUUCACAUUCACCAUAAGUCACUCUUUUGUCCUGAAUAACUAAAAGUUUGCAUUUUCAAAUUUCCUUGCAAUAGGAUAAUAUGAACAAUGGUGUUAAAAGUUAGAAAGGCUCUGCUAAUCUGCCUGCGUGUGCUCCCAUCUGCCAGGCCUGGCCCCUUCCCACACGGGACUGCAGGGGAAGCUGGCGCUGUUGGCUUUUUGCGGGUCUGGCCGGAGGCUGCCCUUGGCAACCCCUCUGACUGCAAGCUUAGAGUUGGAGAGUGAAAACCCUAGACACUUGCUGUGGAAUGUUUGCUGGUUAAAGUUAUUCAUUGCUUGGCGUGUCUCUCUUUGCUGGUAUGUGGCUCUCAAGUGUACGACCAAAGGAUGUUUCAUUCUGUUGAAACCUCCACAACCAAAAAAAAAAAGGAAUUGUUUUUCCAAAUAUGCUUCCCAGCCUGUGCCAGCGACCACACACUGAAGCCAGGCACAAGUGGGUACACAAAACCGUGGACGCAUAGCGUUUUAUAGCGGGCAGGGUGUGGCGGGAGCUCCUUCCUCUAAGCAGCGACUUACAGACUGGGUGUUUCUCAGGAAUAAACAGCUAAGCAAAAUUGUCAAGAUUUUUUUUAAUGUGGAAAACUUGAAACGGGGCAAAUAGAAGAUAAUACCUUUUGCUCUUAAUACAUUUCAUUCCAUAUUUACAUUUGAAAUGAAGAUAAAGCUUUGUAAUACUGGGAAGUAGAGAAAAAAUGAGCUCUCUGAUUUAAGUACGCCUGGGUCAAACAGCCUCCCGAUUCUUACUCUCACGGGGUAUGCUCGGGAAAAUGCUGAGGUGCGCAGGAUGAAGCAUCAGUUGAUAAGUUAUGGUACUGGAGAGUAAAAAUAGAACGCUCUUUCCUGAAAAUGUAGGACUCGGCCACAGAACUAUCUGCUGUUUUUAGAGUUUGUAGUCAUUAUUUUUAGACCCACCAGAAACGUGUUCAUUCUGUGAGCGUUGCAUACAGUGUUCAUUGUGGUGUUCGUUACCGUUAUUGGCACUGCUCAUGAGUGUGUGUGCACAUGUGUGGAGCUGAAGUGUUUUGUUCACGCGUGCCUCUGAUGUUUGUCAUCCACAUUUACCUGCAAAAAUGUAUGCCACCGCUGCCUCUCCACGCCGCAGGCUUUCUCUCCAAAAACAGCAGUGGCGCUCGUAGAGGUUUGCCUGAGGAAGUCUGGUUGCUCACGUGCCAGACACAGCAGGAUGACUUUGUUGGGGUACACUUUUUGCUAGAAUUCCUAGUACCAGUUUGCAAAAGAGCAAAGUACCUUAUGUGACUUUGAAAUUAAUUUCUGUUUUGAGGUAUUCCUUCCUAAUUUUAUUUUAGGUAGGUUAAUAUUAAAAAGUUUAAAUGCUCACUGUUAGGACCCAUUGAGAGCUGGUUUAGAAAUUAGUUGUCUGUCAUUAUUUUACAUGUGGAUUAUGGACAGUUUUUUGUGUGGCACAUGUAUAUAUAAUUUCAAAUUGUAACAGUUCAUAAAUUUGUCAGAUUUUAAAGACAAACUCUUGUGUUGAUAAAGUUGCGGUUUUACUUCUGAGACUAGAGUUGGUCUGCUGUGCUGACUGCAUGCCUGUCAUUCCAAAGGUUUGAUUGUGUUUUUCUCCAAAUAUGAAAGAAAUGCAAUGAAAAUCUAAUUUACAAGGAUAUAUAUUGAUGUUUCUAGACAUGGUCUAGCUCUAAAAAAAAAUUGAUUUGAUUUGCAUUUUUAAGUGUUUCCUGUAGACAGAUUAAUAUAUUUUUAUACAACAUUGUACUUCUGCAUUUAUUUCUGGACUAUUUGCAGUGACUUUCUCAAUGGUGUGUUAACAGAAGACUGUUUGGGAUGCGUGUGCAGUGGCCUUCAUGCCGAAUCAAAGGAAGUUAAGACGUGGGGUGCCAGGUAGCAAGAACGCGCUCAUGCUGUACACUGAAACCUACUAACUCUUUUCUAAAGCUUUGUACACUUUUUCAUGAAACAUUAAAUAUUUUCUCUCUAAA